ACCCUUCAGUUCCAACACGUCUCGUUUCGUAACUGUUGUACAUUUUUUUGUGAGUGUUUCCUGUCGGUUCUACUUUCGGUUUGUUCCAAUAAAGUUCCUCUUCUCGGUUCUCCCGUUAUUAGCCGGUUCUGCGGAACAUUCUUGCAGGAGGGAAAGGCCGCCGCCCAAUCGGGGGAUACUGCCUGAGACCUGGCAACCCCGAUCUGUGCCAAACGCACCUUGAGCUCCGCGGCUGUAAAGAGGCUUCCCCGCCUGACGGCGCGCGGCGGAAGCGUCCUGAUGUUGACACACCGAACCGGGAGGAACCGGCGACCGCAGCUUCGUCAGCGAUGCUCCGCAGAUCAGGGGCGUGACUAAAGCGGCAGUAAUGAGCGACAGAGCGGGAGGGCCCGCGAGGCGCAGGAGGACCACCACCUCCGACUGGGGGGCCGCCAGCCGGGGAAAGGGGCCCGACGCUGGCCCAAAGGUUCCUCGGCAGCCGGAGCACCGCCGGGAGAACGGGAAGACCGAUCCGCGGGCGGCGGGAGACAUCACCGACAGACUCAGCUGCCACGUCCUGCAGGAGUCUCUGCUGAGCUCGGCCAGCGGCUACAGCAACUACAGAGGAAUCCUCAACUGGUGUGUGGUCAUGCUGGUUCUGAGUAACGCCCGCCUCUUCCUGGAGAACAUUAUAAAGUACGGCAUCUUGGUGGAUCCCAUCCAAGUGGUGUCUCUGUUCCUGAAGGACCCUUACAGCUGGCCGGCGGCCUGCCUCAUCAUCGUGUCAAACGUUUUCAUCCUGGCGGCGUUGUACACGGAGCGGCGUCUGGCGGUGGGGACUUUCUCUGAAACCAGCGGCUGGAUUCUUCACAUCUUCAACCUGCUCUUCAUGUUGGUCUUCUCCUCCGUCACAGUGCUCACUGUGCCCUCUUUGACCCCAGUGGGGGGGGUCCUCUCUUUAGGCGUCUACACCGUGCUCUUCCUGAAGCUCUACUCCUACCAGGACGCCAACAGGUGGUGCAGAGAAAGCCGGCAGGCCGAAGCCAAGCGCCUGAGGCGCUCGCAUUCAUGUCCUAACGUGGCAAACGGCUCGGCGGUCCGGUCCCAUGUGUCCUACCCGGGAAACCUCACGCACAGAGACAUGUACUACUUUAUCCUGGCCCCGACUCUCUGCUAUCAGCUCAACUUCCCGCGUUCUCACCGGAUCCGCAAACGCUUCCUGAUGAGACGGCUCUUUGAAAUGCUUUUUCUCAUGCAGCUGUUGGUGGGCUUGAUCCAGCAGUGGAUGGUCCCCACCAUUCAGAACUCCAUGAGACCUUUUCAGGAAAUGGAUUUUUCUCGGAUGGUGGAGCGGCUGCUCAAACUGGCCGUGCCCAACCAUCUGAUAUGGCUGAUUUUCUUCUAUUGGUUCUUCCACUCCUCCAUGAACUUCGUGGCAGAGCUGCUGCAGUUUGGAGACAGAGAGUUCUACAGGGACUGGUGGAACUCGGAGAGUGUGACGUACUUCUGGGCCAACUGGAACAUCCCGGUUCACAAAUGGUGUCUGAGACACUUCUAUAAGCCCAUGCUGAGGAGGGGCAUCAACAAGUUUUUGGCUCAGACGUUUGUGUUCCUGCUCUCCGCCUUCUUCCAUGAGUACCUCGUGAGUGUUCCUCUGAAGAUGUUCCGGCUCUGGGCCUUCAUGGGAAUGAUGACUCAGGUUCCUCUGGCGUGGUUCGUGGGUCGCUAUCUGAACGGAAACUAUGGCAACGCGGCCGUGUGGAUGUCCCUCAUCAUUGGACAGCCCAUCGCUGUGCUGAUGUACGUCCAUGACUACUAUGUCAUCCACUAUGGAAGCUCCUCGUAACACAUGGGGUCAGCCUGUGGGAGGAGCUUACAGAGCUUUCAGACUUUAGUAGGCGUUUCUGAGCGUCACCGGCUCAGAAAGCUUCCGGUCCGUCUCUCAGGCCCACUUCUGUCAGCCGGUCCUCUGAACCGUUUCUGCAUCCGUGUUUGUGGGUUUAAAGCUGAAUGAGGGAAACAGAGGAACAUCAGUAAAAACAUCGUUGGUUCUGCGGCUGAUCUGUGAUUGACCUCCACUGAGACUCGCCUUUGUAACGCUUCACCGGAACGUCGGUUUCUUCCCCAAAUUCCUCUGGAGCUGAUGGAACAUGCAGCCGGGACGGUAAAGACGGAUCCGGAUCUUCCUCUGUUUGUCUGUCAGAUGGACCAAAGGAACCUCUGGGUUCUGCCAUCAGUCCUUCAACAGGAUCUAAAGGCUUGGCUGGGUGACCCAGACAUGGCUCCACCUGCUGCUCUGAUUGGCCCCCGGGGCAGUUUUCUGCUGAAACUGGAGGUUUCUGGGUAAAUUCUACACGUGUUCUCAUGAUUUGUCAGUUCAUGGAUUGAAGCAGAUGAAUGUUUUUGCUCUGAGAGCGGCCACACCGUUUCAUGGAAGCAACAGAAUCCAAGGAUGUACAGAAAAUCAUUUUUACCCAAAACUCUUUGUAUAAUUUGUUGAAAUGGAUUAAAAACGUCUUCAUAGUGAA